GAUAUCAACAGGGGAUUUGGUAUAUAGAUGCAAAACUUGGAUUGAAUACGUGCAAUAACUUGAUGAAAAGUAUAUAUAAUGAUGUAGGAAUAAAUAUUGAGAACCGUGAUAUUGUCAAUCACUCAGGAAGAACUACCCUGAUUACAUUUUUAUUUCGUGAAGGUGUUCCGAUUGUUACUUCUAUGUCAAUUAGGGGUCAUAAGAAUGAAUCUUCUUAUAGAAUUUACUCAAGACCAAGUGAACAACAAAAAAAAAAUGCAUUAUCUACUUUAAUUAAUGCCGUAAACCUUCCCGAAGCUCAAGAUUUACCUAGUGAUAACAACCAUGAUACUAUUUAUUAUCAUGAUACUAUCCACAACUAUGAUACUAUUCAUGACCAUGACUCUGUCACUAUUCACGACCAUGACUCUGACACUAUUCAGAACUAUGAUACUAUCGAAGAGAAUACCGACCAAGACACUGCUGAUGAAAUUCAAAUGAAGUUACCUAGUGGUGGUUCAGAUUCACACACUAAAAAAAAAGAUCGGUUAAUUCUGAGUAGACGACGGUCUCUACGACGUAAAAAAUGGAGUUCGCAAGAUUCUCAUGAUAGCGCUGCAAAAACUGGGACUACAAUUAUUAAUAAUUACUAUAUCAAUGCAGAUCAUGUCACGAUUAAUAAAUAA